AUGUCGUCCGCCGCCACCGGCCCAGCCCCUCCGGUGGCUACUCCGAUGGCGCCCCCUCCGUCCUACCCGGCCUCCUCCACGGCCUCCGCCUCCGUCGCCACGUCCGUCGAGGACGACGACGACCUCUACGGCCGCCUCAAGUCUCUCCAGCGCCACAUGGAGUUCGUCGAGAUCCAGGAGGAGUACGUUAAGGACGAGCAGAAGAACCUCAAGCGCGAACUCCUCCGUGCGCAGGAGGAGGUCAAGCGGAUCCAGUCCGUACCGCUCGUCAUCGGCCAGUUUAUGGAGAUGGUCGACGGCAACAACGGCAUCGUGGGCUCUACCACGGGCAGCAACUACUACGUGCGGAUCCUCAGUACCAUCAACCGCGAGCUGCUCAAGCCGUCAGCGUCCGUCGCGUUGCAUCGUCACUCCAACGCUCUAGUCGACGUGCUGCCGCCCGAGGCCGACUCCAGCAUCUCCUUGCUGGGAUCGUCGGAGAAGCCCAACGUCACCUAUAACGAUAUUGGAGGAUGCGACAUCCAAAAGCAGGAAAUACGGGAGGCGGUUGAGUUACCCUUGACUCAUCAUGAGUUGUACAAGCAGAUUGGUAUUGAUCCUCCAAGAGGUGUGCUUCUGUAUGGUCCUCCGGGUACUGGCAAGACCAUGCUUGCCAAAGCAGUCGCAUAUCACACCACUGCUGCUUUUAUCAGAGUCGUCGGUUCGGAGUUUGUACAGAAGUACUUGGGUGAGGGCCCUAGAAUGGUGCGUGAUGUGUUCCGUUUGGCUAAGGAGAAUGCCCCAGCAAUCAUUUUCAUUGAUGAGGUUGAUGCGAUAGCUACUGCUCGUUUUGAUGCUCAGACUGGUGCUGACCGAGAAGUUCAGCGUAUUCUUAUGGAGCUACUCAAUCAGAUGGAUGGGUUUGAUCAAACAGUGAAUGUGAAGGUUAUAAUGGCAACUAAUCGGGCAGACACUCUAGAUCCUGCUCUGUUGCGUCCUGGUAGACUUGACAGGAAAAUUGAGUUCCCUCUGCCAGACCGGCGUCAGAAGAGGCUUAUUUUCCAAGUUUGCACUGCCAAAAUGAACUUGAGCGAUGAGGUUGAUUUGGAAGAUUAUGUUUCCAGACCGGAUAAGAUCAGUGCUGCUGAUAUUGCUGCUAUAUGUCAAGAAGCUGGCAUGCAUGCUAUCCGUAAAAACCGAUAUGUCAUCCUCCCCAAGGACUUUGAGAAGGGCUACCGAACCAAUGUGAAGAAGCCCGAGACAGAUUUCGAUUUCUACAAAUGA